AUGAGCCAUGGCGAUGAAUUGGACCCCAAGUCUAUAAAUGAUUUUAAAGUGAUUGCCACGACUAAAAACAGUGUUGCUGCUAUUGCCAACCCUAAGAAAAAAAUUUAUGGUGUCCAAUUUCAUCCAGAAGUAAGUCACACCGAAAAGGGUGAAAAAAUUCUGUUGAACUUCAUUACUAAGAUCGCAAAAUUGAAAUUGGAUUGGAAUAUGCCUUCCUUCAUCGAAAUGGAAACCGAGAAAAUUCGCAAACAAAUUGGCAAUAAAAAGGUUAUUCUCGCUUUAAGUGGAGGCGUGGAUUCUUCGGUGUUGGCAGUCUUCCUUCAUCGUAUUAUUAAAGAUCAGCUUUUAUGUGUCUUCAUUGAUAAUGGAUUGCUUCGUUACAACGAAGCUAAGGAAGUAGUGGCACAGUUUCGCAAGCAUUUUUUAAUUCCACUUAAAUAUGUAAAUGCGAGAAAAAUUUUUUUAAAAAAACUUAGAUGGGUGAGUAAUCCAGAAAGAAAGCGUCGAGUUAUCGGAAAAUUAUUUAUUAAAAUCCUUAAAAAAGAGUCUAAAGGUUUUUAUUAUCUUGCCCAGGGGACUCUUUAUCCUGAUGUAAUUGAAUCAGUUUCUCCUCAUGGUCAUUCACAGACGAUCAAGACCCACCACAACAGAGUGAAACAAGUUUUGAAGAUGCAGGCACAAGGGCGACUCGUUGAGCCCUUUCAGCAGUUGUUUAAGGAUGAGGUACGUGAAAUCGGCAAGAAGUUCGGAUUGCCUGAUUCGAUUAUCCAUCGUCAACCUUUCCCUGGUCCUGGAUUAGCCGUGCGUAUCAUAGGACGAGUUACCCUAAAACGAUUAGUCAUGUUGCGGAAGGUGGAUUGGAUUUUCCAAAAAAAAUUAAUGGAGUAUAAUCAACAAAAAAAUUUUUGGCAGUCCUUUGCCGUGCUUCUGCCUGUUAAGUCAGUUGGUGUGGUCGGAGACAGGCGUAGUUACGGGUAUACAGCUGUGUUAAGAGCCGUUUCUAGUUUAGACGGAAUGACAGCUGAUUUUGAAAUAUUAAGUAAGGAAGAGCUUACCGAAGUAGCAAAUGAAAUCGUUGGUAGAGUGGAAGGAAUUGCACGUGUUGUUUGGGACAUCACCUCCAAACCGCCUGCUACAAUUGAAUGGGAGUAG